UACAAAGGCACAAAGCUUUGAUAUCGCACGCCUUGCUUUUCACGUCGAUCGUCCCCAAAGAAAGGCCAUCAGAGACCCAUUAAUUUGGCGUCUUGAUGUUUCCAACACCCAUGACUGGCCUCCACCAGACUUGUGCAUUGUCCUUACGGCGUUGAGUUGCACAUGACUGGACCACACAGGAUCGACCUAGUCUCGCGGAUGAGGUUGAGUUAUGCCUCACCAGUUUGACCAUUAGGCCAGCCCCCAAGACCAUGGAGAACAGAUCCACCAAGUAUCGUUCCCUCGAGGCGAAGGCUGGUGUCCCAUCAACCAAGUCUCGAGAGCGUCACAAUUCUGUUCCAUCGGCUGAUCGACGGAAAGAUCAACAGUCCAAACAAGUCCCGGCCUCUACGACUUCUUCCGAUAACACCCAGCGGAGUGCAAAAUCCCGUCCUCGACAGGACUGGGCGACCUCCCCAGAUCAAAGCACCAUCACGCGUCACUCGGAUCGACAACCUCAAUCUAAGCUCGGUUCCAAGACGAGCAACUCGAACUUGAUACCAUCCUUCAACUUUCUGGUGCUGGGCUCGGUGAAUAGUGGCAAAUCCACCUUCGUCAAACACGCCAUAGAUCGAGAAGGACGCCGCACUUCUACCCAAGUCACCGUAAAGGACUCAUCCUAUCGCGUCCACUUCAUCGAGCUAGAUCUCGACGAUGUUGACUUCAGCAGCGAGCGAAGGCUGGAGUGGCCAACCUACCUAAAUGGUGCUCCGUUCCCAGAACCUGACGGGGUCUUUUGUCUUUACAGUGUCUCCGACAAAGAAAGUGUCGCUGACAUUCCCACUGCUUUAACUUCUAUGACGAACACUGGUCUACCAUGCAUGCUUGUAGCUUCCAAGUGUGACAUCCCGCAAGAAUCCCGUCAAGUCAACCCGCAUUUUCUCGAUCAGGUCCGCCGCAACCUCGCUAGCGUCGCGAUUGCCGAAGUAUCUUUCAAAAGCCCUCAAAGUAUAAAGCUUUGUUUGCUCAAUAUGAUCAAUCGCGUGAUCACAUCGCCACGUGCCUCAGGUCGAACAAUCAAAACUGCUCAAGCUUCCGCACAAUCCUCCAGCACCCAACGGGUCAUUGUGAGAGAGCAGUCCCCCAAGAAAAGCCGGAGUCGUAGCCGAUCCAACAGUCGGCUGCAAACUUCAAAGUCAAAGGAGCUUCUUCUCAACCUCUCUACCAGACCGGCUGUCAUCGAAUCAGGAGACGAGAACGAGUCUUCUGCGGCUGAAGAUGUGGCAUCUCCACCACGUAAAACCAGACUCCGACUUGAUACUACGGCCGCGUCUCGCUCCCAAGCUCGCCGUGCAGGACCUCAUACGCCUAUGUCUUCUGGUGACUACACGAACAACCUGGGCUCGCCACCAGAGCCAACCACGGCAGCUGUGCCGGAGACCCCAGAUUCAUACUAUGUGAAGUCAAUCCUGCGUCCACCUUCGUCAGAGGGUGCGGAGAGCCGAGCAUUCCAAUCUUUCCUCAACAUGGAUGAUGAUCAUAACGAAAACUCUGCUCGUUCGGAGAUUGAGCAGCUGGGUCCUCCAUUGAGCAGCUUGAAGAUUGAGGACAAGGCCAGACAUGACGCUGGGGUCUCAUUCAAAGAGCUUGUGGAAAAAUUACUGAUCUUGCCGGCCAAUAAAGUCGACUCGAAGUUUGUCCCUUCCUUUUUGUGUUUGUAUCGCGCCUUUGCCACUCCACAGAAACUACUUGCGGCAGUCAUCGACCAGUUUGUCGCUAUUGAGAAAAGCAACAUGGUUCACUUCUCCAAAGUGGCUGAGAUGCUGCGGUAUCUGCAAGUCCUAGCUCAAUGGACUGCCACAUAUCCCGGUGAUUUCGCCGAGGGGCCCGCCCGGGACCUUGCAGUUGCGUUUGUGCAAAAUAUCGAAAAGAGCAAGGUCUUCGCGCCAGCUGCAAGAGAGAUCAGCAACAAUUUGGAUACACUCGUUCCCGACGAAGAUGCAGAAUGGGCAUAUAACGAUGCUCCCAGCCCGAGAAAGACGCCAACGUCUUCAUCAGGCAAUCUGCAGGCUUUGCACAACGAGCUCCCUAAACAAUUCCGAAGAGUCUCCAAAGAUGAAGAUGACAGUGAAGACGAAGGUGACGGAACCAACUCCUCCGCACCGGGGUCGAAUGCUCCUUCGGCUUCUUCAAGCAUCAUCAAACCUUACAACUCUUCGAGUCAAUCGGCUUCGAAUUUCGCACAAUUGGAAAAUGCUAAGGUCCAGGCCGACAGGCUCAAGUUGAUCCCACACAUACGCUUGAGCAAAAUGCAAUGGCAUCAAUUCAUGGAAAUACCAGUCGAAGACCUGGCUAAAGAGAUCACUCGAAUUGACUGGACAAUGUAUUCUGCCAUACGGCCGCGAGAUUUUGUUCGCCAUGUCUUCCUGUCAACAGAACAGAGAAGACGAUCUCGCACUGUCGACAACAUCAGCGCUAUGGUGAAACAUUUCAAUCAUCUGGCUUUGUUCGUGUCGGGCAUGGUAUUGCUACGAGACAAGCCCGAGCACCGUGCUCGAGCCCUUGAGAAGUUCAUGGCGCUGGCGUGGAAAGUUAGACAACUAAACAACUACAAUUCGCUGGGUGCAAUAGUGGCAGGGAUUACUGGCCAUGAGAUUGCUCGGUUGACAGCCACGCGAGACAUUGUGCCACCCGAGGUCCAGAAACAAUUCCUCCGACUAACAAUCUUAAUGGGGACGUCAAGGUCACAUGCUGCAUAUCGGAUGGCUUGGGACAAUUCUUUUCAAGAACGUAUACCCUUCUUACCGCUUGUGAGACAGGAUCUAACCAUGGCCGCCUCUGCAAAUCAAACAUUCAUCAACAACAAUGUUAACUGGAAGAAAUUCGAGAUCAUGGGUGAAGUUAUUGUUGGCCUCCAGAAGAGUCUCGAAACACCGUAUACCUUUCCUCAGAGAUCGAACCGGACGGAGGAGAUCACGAGACUGCUGCUGGAGACCAAGAUUCUUGAAGAAUCAGAGGACUCUGCCGAUCCCGGAAGCGAACUGUAUGACCGCAGUGUACAGGUGGAACCGCAGAAUGGAGUCGAUCAGAGGAAAAAGUUCGAUUGGCUACGGCGUUCGUGAUCUUGAAGUCUUGAGGUUGAAUUUAUCUCACGGUUGGAUGGGCUUCAUCGUCUUUGCUCGGCGCGAAUCGGGGCGUCUGGAGAACAACAUAUAGAUGAGGAAAAUAUAACUGCGCGGCAAUUGUGAAAAGUUUCGGA